AUGCAGAAAUUCGUAGUCUUCGCUGCUUUCCUGGCGUGCGCUGCCGCCGCACCUACCCUUCUAGUAAGCCAUGAAACCCCCGUGGUCGCUGUCCACGCUGCCCCAGUGGUCCACACCGUACCUGUGGUUGGUUCUAAAACCACCAUCACUAAGAGCAGCCAGGUUGUGAACCACGGCAGCGUGCACGCGGUCCAUACCCCCGUGGUCCAUGUUAAGAGUGCUGUUGUCUCAGCUCCUGUUGUUCACUCAGUCCACGCCGUACACGCUGCUCCAGUGGUCCACGCCGUACACGCUGCCCCAGUGGUCCAUGCCGUCCACCACCCAGUGGUCCACGCUGUUGCCCCAGUCGUAGUUAAGUCCGCCCCUUCCGCAGUAUCUCACAGCAGCUCUGUGGUCAGCCAUUCUGCAGUUAAAGCUAUACCCGUUGUAGCCCUCCAC